AUGCAUCAAUCUUGUAUAUUUAAAAGGUGGUCUUAUACACAUCUAUCUAUCUAUCUAUCUAUCUAUCUAUCUAUCUAUCUAUACUAUCAGUCUCUCUGUCUCUUUCUUUAUCGCCGGAGCAAAGUGCGUCAACUGGGAUGCUACAGAUGUCUAACCCUCUCUCUCUCUCUCCCUCUCCCUCUUUCUCAAUUUUGUUACCACUCUCUCUCUCUCUCUCUUUCUCUCGCUCUCUUUCGGUCACUCUUUUUUCCCCCCUCUUUUUCAUUAAACAGCGGAUUUGACUUUUCUUUCUUUCCUUGUUUCUUUGUUUCUUUGUUUCUUUCUUUCUUAUCCUCAAAGAAACAUUCCUUCCUUUUUUUUUUACCCUAUCCUUACUGCACCUUCAGAUAUUCUUUUACACUUUCCCAGUUACCGAUUUCUUUUUUCCCCGUUAAGUUUAUGCAAAUAUCUGUUUAUUGUUAUUUUUCUUAUUCCAAAUCAUUCAAUAUUUUUCACAUUUUCUUUCUUUUCUUAGUUUUGGAAUUUUCCUCUCAUAUCGAUGUAUUCACACCUAUUUUUUCUUCAGAAAUGCACGCAUUUUUCUGUAUCUCUUCCUCUCAACUCCUCCCUACCAGUCUUUUAUCUUUUUUAUUCAGUGUUGCUUUUUCAUUUUUAUGGUUUCUUUUUUUUUUCACCAUUAAUUUAUUUCCAUUACUCUUUUUCUCAUUCUUUCUUUCUUUUUCUCGCAUUUCCCUCACUCUCUUUCACACAAGCACAUACUGUUUCUAA